UUUAUUUCUAAUUACUCUAAAGAUGUCUAACGAUGGACUCAACCCGAUCGAUACGAAGAAAAGGAACUCAAUGACCACUGAGAAUAACAGAGCUAACAAAUCUGAAAACUUCUUUGCAGGAAAUAUCAAAAAUAAACACUUUAAUGAUCUAUCCGUCAAGAACAAGAAGCCGACUAGUUUCAACCUAGACCGCAAUAAAGACCAGAUUAUAGAGGAGCGAAGUGAUGAUGGCGGCAGAGAUGAUGAACAUUUAGAUGAGGAGAAUAGAGAACACGGCUCUUGUGAUGUUUGUGGUAAAUAAAACUCAAAAUUGAUGCCCUUGUAACCAAGCCUUCUAUUGUUCAGAGGCUCAUCAAAAAUCUGACUGGAAGAGACACAAGAAUUUGCACAAAAGUAUCAUGGGUGGUAUCAAGAAGAGGAAAGAAAGUGAUACUCCUAUUCAGCUUGAAAAGAGGCGACUAACAGUGACUCAGCCAAUAACAUCAAAUAGCCUCCAAGUUCCAGAGAAGAAGAUCCCUAAGAAGAAAUACAAGUAUGCUGAUCAAUUUAACCUUGAUGAGGAAAAGGCAAUGAAGAAGGAGAGAAGAUGGGAGAUGAUCCUUUAUUUCCAGUACAAGAAGGAUUACAAAAAGAUGCUCGAAAUGGCAGUCAGUUAUUAUAACGAUAAUAAAUCUGACACUGAUUUUAUCAACUGUCUUCUAUAUGCAAAAGCACUAAUCCUUCGGAAUCGACAUGAUAAAGCAAAUGAGAUUCUGAAUGAAUGCUUUGAGAUCAUGAGCAGAAUCAAGCUGUCUUAUAAGGAUAUCACUAAGAAUGUCAAGACUGAGAAGAAGGAGAAUCAGCUCGAUUUCUUCGAUGAACAGAGGACCAUAACUAAAAACACAGGGAAGUCUGUCAAAAUGUCCACAUGGAACUAUUUCAAGAUGGUUUUAUCUGCAUAUGCCACUCUAGCUGCUCUUUAUAGCCAUAUAGGUAACCAGAAAAGCUCUGAAGAGGUUUACGGCAUCUAUGCUUCUAUAAUCGAAAAGUUUUAUGGCAACAACAGUCUUGAAUCAGGCCAUUGAUUCUACUCUAUUGGGGUAUUUUACAUAGAACAAGAGAUGUAUCAUAAGGCGUUAAAGUGAUUUGAGAAAGCUCUUUUUGUCAUGGAAAGAAUCUUUAGGACCCAUCUCCACCCAUCAAUAGCAGAUUGUCAUUAUUUCCUCUCAGUCAUCUUUAAGCGUCAAAGACUGUUUGAAAGAGCAAAGGGAGAGAUUAGAAAAUGAAUCGAUAUCAGGAAAGAAGCUAUUGGCAAGGAUUCUCUUCCUCUAGCUCAUGCUUAUGAGCAUUUAGCAAAAAUUCUCUUCCAGAUGAAGAACAAAUCGAAGGUGCUGGAGUACAUCAAUAUGGCAUUGAACAUAUGGAGAAGUAAGGUGACCAAUCCAAACCAUCCUGAUCUAUUAAGAGUCUCAAUGCUAGCACUAAUCUUUGCAAAGGAAAUUAAUAAAGAAACUGAAGAAAGACAGGAGAAAAUCAAAAAUGAUAAAAUAAUGCAGAAAGAAGAUGCUUAUGAUGAUAGCUUCAUCACGCCUCUAAAUUUAUCUAAGCUGCUAAGUGCUAAGUAUAAGGCAGAUCAGGAGGUCAAUCGGGAUAUUAAGCAUGAUAAUAGUCAAGAGAAUCACCCCUCAGAAUCCAAUAACUCCUAUUCCCGUAUAAUCUCAGAGCCGAGGAACACCUCUCAUAUCCUAAAGGAUGGGUUUGAUAAUGUGAUGGGAUUAUUUAAGAUAGAAGAUAAAGGAAAUGCUAAUUCAUAUAUUGUAACAUUUAUCUUAAGUCUAACUGAGAACCAACUUGAAGUUCUGAACCACAAUAUGAAUCUCAUUAAUCCUGGACCAAGGACGACUAUCCAAGAGAUUGAUCUAGACUUUAAGAAUCAACUGAAGCCCUUCCAAUAUGAGUUGUUUAAGAAGUCUAGAAUAUGGACUAUUCCGAAGGAUAAUUACCUAAUUCUCAAUAAAGAGAAUAGCAGGCUUUCACCAGAAUUGAGGAAAAGGCUCCUGCUCAACUCUGAAAUUACCCCUGGAAACUUAUUAAUCAUUGAGAAUUCGCCUCAUUAUGACCAAGAGCUUCUGGCGAGGGAACAAGAGGAAGAUGAGAAAUUCUUAGAUAUGAUGAGACAGAAGACCGGAUCUGAGAUGCUAAAGUUCCUUCUACCUGAGCAGUUAAGGAUUUUCGAGAACAUUAUUUUGUACAAAUAUCCUCUGAAAUACUUCACCAAUACAAUUAAGGAAAGCCAGGUAGAUGCUUUUAAACAAGAGAUCAACGCUAGCUUCCAGUCCAACCAGGUAUAUAGCAAUGAAGAUGACUAUUUUAAGGAAGGUGAGCAAGCAAACAGCUAUUUUGAAGACGAAGAUGAUGAAGUGAACCCUCAAGAAUACGCAGAUGCUAUAAUCCAAGGUAUAAAUAGCAUCCAAACAUUGGAAGUCUUUACAUACUUAGACUUCGGGAUUGAUUACCCUCCUGACUAUUUCCAAGUGAGAGAGUUAGAUGAGCUUAAAGAAGAUUUUAUAUCAUUUGUGAAUAAACUCACUCCUUCCCAGGUCAGACAGAUUUAUAAGAAAAAUCCUAUUCUAACAUCUGAGUCAAUGAUGAAUAGUCUACUUAACAAACAAAGUUUUGGCAAUGAAAUGAGUCAAGAAUCUCAACAUGAACUCUUCUUGGAUAAUCAGAGCAAAGAGGAAAGUAAACAUGACCUCACGGAGGGUGAAGAGGAAGAACUACAGGACAAGUUUAAGUACUUUGAUGAAAAGAAUAUAUCCACUGAUAAAAUUAAGAUUCAGGAUAGAGAAGAACCAAGCGAGAGUUUCCAUCCUUUAACUAGGGCAAACCCUAAGACCAUCUCUUCGAUAGGAAAGUUCACAAAUACCGAAGGAGAUGACCAUGAGAACCUUUUUGAGGAUCUGAACAGGGAGCUUAAUCCUGAUCAUCACCCUGCUACUCCUACAAAGAGGUAUUAGUCGUUAGAGAAGAUAAGGAUCUAUGAUGCUAAGAAUAAAAUUUCAAUC